GGAGAAAACGCGACUGCUGCCUCGUAUUUCUCAAAGCCUCGAGAUAGUUUUCAAUCCAACUUCGACUACCCACAUACGUUCACGGCCUUGUCACUGCCGACGUGUGUACAUUCACACUCAAGUACGAUCGAAAACGCCCGUUAUCCUUCCUUCCUCAUAGCCGACGCUAGCUGAAGCCCUCGUACGAAACCUACCUCAACCUGCGGAUCGAGUUCUCUAGGCAAGCAAGCCAGGAAUUGUUGUCAAAGACAAGAGAAGGCCUCUCCAUAGCCGCAUGGUGCCAUGAACGAAACGCCGCGACUGCGGUCGGCUUUCCCUACUACUCCCCAAACACAACCUCGACUGCGAAACACCAAUCUCAAUGGCCGUUCAAGUUUGGGUUCGCCAGGCUCGCCCUUUUCUCAAAGAAACAUCAGCACGACAAAGCAGCCAACUAGGGUCCCGGUAGAUGCUACAUCUAAAGCAGCCCCAUUCAUCUCAACAGAAGUGGUGGAUGCGCCCUCGCAGAGGUUCUACGUCUUUGCAUUCUACGUCGCCCUGACUGCUUGGAGAUUGUACAACUCAUACAGCGUUGAGAAUGACCUCGACUCGACGUGGCUGUUUUUGAAAUGGAUCGGUAUCGAUGCAGCGUUCUUCGUGGCCCUUCCGGCCUUCAGAAUACCGUGGCUGGAGUUUUCGUUCGCCACCACAUUCACAUUAUGGCUUCUGCACGCAAUUGCCAAUGCCUUUCUCAUGUACAAGAUUCCCAUACCCGUCCUGUCCUGGCUGGGAGCUCUGGUCAAGAUCGCGUAUGACCGGGAACUCUCAAUCUCAGAGCAUCGUGUCAAGCCAGCCGACAUUUUGCACAACUCUUCCAUCAUUCUUGGAAAGCAGAUCAUUCACAUUCUUCCGGAAGGAUCAGCUAUUCUCAACCCAGAGAAGAAAUCCUUUUGCUUAGAUGCCUCGAAUCCGUCGAUCGAGCUGCCAAUCCAGAUCAACCAAACAACUCCUAUCUCCAUCGAGCUGCAAAGAUUCGAUCUUGACACAGAUGAAGUCGAAACAAUCUUGAUUGGUAGCAAGCAGGCCAAACAGUUGAAAAGACAGGCAGACGCCGGCCACGCCAGGUCCGACACGAACACCCCUCGAGUCUUGCACUACCCUGUGUCGAAGAAGGGACUCUACCAGCUGCAUCGUGUUAUUGACGCCACAAAGCUGGAAGUGCGAAAGCGAAGUUUUGAUGUCGCUGUCGUGCAAUGCCCGAAAGCCUCCAUCUCAGCCGAAUCGGUAAACCGGUGUUCGGGAGAUUUGAGCAAUCUCUCCCUACAAGUGUCGGGCAUUCCUCCGUUCAAGGUCAAGUACAGCAAGACUAUCAACCACAAGCAAUUCAGCUCAAUUGUCCAAAAUGUUCAGCCACGCGCAAACCCGGACUUUGUGUCCGACGAGGAGGCUUCGCAGGCAGUGAUGGAUCCGAACAGACCGCAGAUGGGCUGGACGAGGUCGACGACUGAAUCUUUCGAAAUCAAUGAAUCACUCCAUCAGAAUGGAAGCCAUUCGUAUACGAUCGAAGAAGUGGAGGAUGGCCUUGGGAACAAAGUCACCUAUUAUUCGAGUAAUCCCAAGGACGCUCAUGCUCCUAGGGUCCAGAGCCUGACUGUUCACAAUCGACCUCGGAUCAGCCUUUCAUUCCCUGGGCCCAACGCCGACCGGUUGAUACCAGUACGAAAAGACAGCUUCAUCAGCCUACCUAUCAAUAUCCGACCGGCAGACCGAUUGCAUCCGUCCGACUGGCCAUUGAAGGUGAAAUACAGCUUCAUGCCUGACACUGAAGGGGAAAGCCCCCAGUCAGAAGAUCUCACUUUUGAAAUGCCUAAUGAGCGGUUCAGGCCCCAAGUAAGCAAGGCGGGACGGUAUAAUAUCGAUUCGAUUGAUAGCCGAUUCUGUCACGGAGAAAUUGUGGAACCCUCUUCGUGCUUGUUAUUCAACCCUCCAGAGCCUGAUCUUGCUCUGGACAAGCAGGACAUCUUUGAUCAAUGUGCGGGAAGCCCUAUCGGCAUGUAUCUCAACCUCGACUUCACCGGCACCCCGCCUUUCAAGGUUAGGUACACCAUCACCCACCGAGGCAAAGCUCAUCCCAAGAUCCAAGAAUUCUCGGGAAUGCGAGGUCAGAUUGAGCUACGUGAAGAGGCGGCUGGCUCCUACAUCUACAAUAUUCUUGAGGUUGAAGAUGGUGUUUAUGGCCCGACUCCUCUGAAGCACAAGAAUUACGUGUUCCAGCAAGAUAUAAUGCCGCCGGCUUCCGCAGCUUUCCGUGGCGACAAUCGUGUUAUCAAGGCGUGCCUGGGUGAGCCUGUAUCAAUGCAGGUGAAAUUGUCAGGCCAAGGCCCGUGGGAUCUUGAUUAUGAGCUUGUACAUGGCGGCAAGAGGAAAAAGCACAAUAUUCACUCAGAAGAGGAAAACUACAUGGUGUUACUCCCUGGAUUUACCGAGGGCGGAACAUAUUCAGUCGUCUUGACCGGUGUGCAAGACAAAUCACGAUGUCGUACUUCGCUGAAAGAGGAAAGACAAAUCGAGGUCAGAGCUGAACAGCCCCGUGCGGCGUUUGGGCACAUCGAGGGCAAACGAUCAACAUUGGCAUUACAUGGCAAGUCCGUCACGCUGCCGUUGCGACUGAAAGGCGUUGCACCAUGGGCUGUGCGAAUUCGUAAUCUGGAUGACCCUGCAAGCUCCUUUGAAGAGAUUCUGCGAGAUGCCAACUCGGCGUUUUCAGUGACUGAACCAGGAACAUAUGAGAUUGUUUCCGUCCACGAUAGGUGUCCAGGUCUGGUCGACUCCAAAGCGAACACAUUCCAAGUCAGCUGGAUACCUCGACCGAAACUGUCCGUCAAAGACUCGGCAGUGGAGGACGGUGGCGUUGGCAUAUUCCGGAAACCUGCAGUAUGUCAGAGCGACGAGUCUUCUCUGUCUCUCGCUCUCUCUGGUAACCCACCUUACCAUUUGAAAUACCAACAGAAGUUUGAGCCGGUCAAGGGCCCGGCAGCGAUCAGCAAUAAAGCUUGCAGUUUCGCUGGAAACAGUGCCAUAGUCAGUCUCGAUACAAGCAAGGCUGGAGAAUAUACCUAUGUUUUCACCGAGCUCAGCGACGACCGCUACGCUCAUGACAAGCAGCACUUGACCCCAGUCAUUGUCAAGCAGCAGGUCUAUGCUCCGCCAGCUGCCAAAUUCUCCCAAGCAGGAAAAACCUACGGCUAUUGCAAAGAUGAUCCGAGUUUCACUGCCAGCGUCGAAGCGGAAACUGAGAACAUCCCCAUCACGUUUACCGGGACGCCACCUUUCAGCGUCGAAAUCGCCAUCGUUCAUCAUGGCGUUUCGACACGGCCUGAAAUCAUUCGUCAGAAGGACAUCCAAUCGACCACAUAUGCCUGGCCUUUGUCCCGAUCCACUCUUGAUCUCGGCACACACAGCGUUUCCAUUCGUUCCGUCAAAGAUGCUCGAGGCUGCGAAACUAUCCUGGAAUCCGACCCUUCAUCUGUGCGCAUCUUCGUAUCUUCGCCCCCGACAAUAUUGCCGCUCGAAUCCCAUGAUGACUACUGCGUUGCCGAGCACGUAUCGUUCUCGCUAAGCGGCCAACCACCUUUCGAUGUCUUCUACACAUUCCAAGGACGUGAGCGCAAAGCCCGUGUCUCCGGCAACGAAUUCAGACGUCUCGCCGAGUCACCGGGUGAAUUCAUCAUUACCGGCAUCAGUGACAGCGCCAUGGGUAACGGCAAAUGUCGUGCAAGGAAGGAGAUCAAGAAGAUCAUCCACCCCUACCCAACGGUCGAGAUGGGCCGUGGGAAGACCCUGGUCAGCGAUAUCCAUGAGGGCGGCGAGGUUGAUAUCAGUUUCACGUUUACGGGGACGCCGCCGUUUGAGUUUACGUACAUUCGCUCCGAAAAUGCCAAGAAGAGCAGCCGCCACGCGCCGAAGAUCCUCGAGACGCGACACGAUACAUGUGACGAGUUCAGCAAAGUGAUCCGCGCGAGCGACGAGGGCGUUUACGAGGUCGUGUCGAUCAAGGACCGCUACUGCUCGUACACGAAGCCGAGUCACAAGAAUACUGGAGCUGGGUCUGGUGGACAGAAGAGGUUGACGUACUAGUUUUUUCGAAUUAUUUUGUCCGGGGUUGUCUUCUAUUGGGUCUUUGCAUUGUACUGGCGUGAGAGACGGGUGGGUUGCCUCGUCCCAUGGGAAGGUCCAGAAUUUGGGAUAAUCUGGGCCGGAACAUGGAUUUCGAUCCUCAAGAACAGACACUUACAAUGCUAGAUAGAGGGGACGCGUGGCGGUUGACACGCUUUGCCAACAUUAAGCUGGCGUGACAAAAUCAACAGAACAGUGAAGGAGCAUAGAAACAGCGAAACAGUGGAAAGAUGCUUUUUUGGUCUUGGGCCGAUCUAUCUUGACACCAGUACCUAGUACCUAGUAGAACAGGUACCGCCCAAUUCCGAACCUUUCGUUUUGUCCAGCCAUCAACUAGCAUAG